AUGGCAUUCGUAACAUUAAAAUACGGAGCGGGAGAAGAAAUGCUCCUAAAUCCAAAUUGCAUGGCAUCGGUGCUUCUAAAUCAUAUCAAAAAGAAUGCCGAUGUAAUCAAGUCCGUGGGUGCUAUACACGAACCCAUCGACAUUGCGACUGAAUCUGGCGAAGUCGUAGAUCUCAUGGGUAAAGCACGGGAAUAUGCAAAGAAAUAUGUAGAUCCGAGAGCUACGUAUGUGCUGGUUAAGAUCGUUGGAGCGGACGAAUCUGGAGAGGCUGAAGCACAAUACAUACCAUUAUGUGAUCAGCUGGGAGAAAGAGUCAAAUUCAUGUUGGCAUCAUCCCGCCAAAAGAAACGCGGUGGACACGGAGCACCCUCAAUAGCCUCAGACCGGACAGGCACAGACCGUGACGUACCCGACAACCUCUCACCCAACAGAGCAGCUGCAGGUCGAAACCGUGCCAAGAGCAACAGAAUAGACGGAAUGCCAAUAUCAACCACAGUCCCAGCUUCAACGGCAUUGCCUUCACCUUCCGGGAACUUGUCUGGUACAAUACCACCAUCACCAUCGUUAAAGACGCAGGCAUUGGGAUCUAGUAACGCGUUUGCAGCUGCCGGGUCAAGAGAUGUGUUGAAUUCGCCGCCGACUGGUGGUGGUGGGUUGAGUGGGGAGAGGGCGCCUGUUGUUGUGCAGGCGAGUAAGGACGGGAAGGGUGGGAAACAGCCAGUGGCCAAAAAACGAGGUACAGCUGCGUUGAAUGGAUUUGGUUAUACGGAUUUGGACCCUAAUUCAUUUCUACCAUUAGAUGCGUAG